UAAGUAGAACGUGCCCAACUUACUUCAAAUGGAUUUGUUUUCAGGAAGAAAGCGAAAUGGGUAUCAAAGGAGUCGGCGUGUUGCUCAUCCUAAUUUUCUCCCACCUUUGCUUUCCUGCAUCUCCUUCUCCCUCGACUCAUCAGCACACCAUCUUCCCAUCAGGUUUCUCCUUUCUCCCUCUUUUUCUCUCUUUCUACCAUGUCAAUAUAUACGGUUUGCAGCCAUGGUUUGGGUUUCUUUGGGAGAAGAAGAUUGCUUGGUUGAUUUAAAAUUGAAAGCAAGUGUAACUUAAUAAACUGAAGAGCAAAAUAAACUGAAGCUUCACUUUCCUUUCUGAUUUCACCCACCAAGGUUUCAGUUGCUGAUGUUAAAUGUAAGUGAUAGCAGGUGGAGUAGCCGCCAUAGCACGUUCAUCAUAAGAAAUGAGAGUAGCUUCUUUGUUGGAGUUCUGUUUCAGAAAGGGGGAAAAAUUAUUCAACUGCAAAUGGUGGUGUUCUUUUAUUCUCCUUAGAAAUUCCCUUCACUAUUCCAAAACUUCGACUACCUUUUCCUAGUGGGAUUUUGCUCAGAUUUGCAACAGAAACAUUCUUUACCUUUGUACUACGAAAACAGGUGGUCUUUUUGGGUCCCAAACAUUUAUGGUAACCCUAUACUAGAACUGAACCAUUGACACUACCGUCACUCAGGGGACUCCUGAGAUAACCAAAGCACUUUACCGACUCAAAUCAGACCAACUGAGUGGUGAUGGACACAUUAUUGGAUAUCCACAGAAUCCUAGAGGGGAUGGAAAAAGAGUUCAAAGAUGGUUUUUUCCCCAUUUCAGAUUCCUUUGCAGGAAAACAACUUCCGAGAAGGAGUAGCAGAUGAAAAAGGCAGUGGUGCUAAAGAGGGAAGACACCGGGUGAUACACAGCAUUAAGAUCGGCCAUGGUCAUGGUGCUGCUGGUGGUGGGGGUGAAGCAGUGGCUAGCCGAUCACCUGGCAGCACCAGUAACGGAGAAACUGGAAACAAUGGCGAAUCUACUACAACACCUACAUCUCAGGGAGGCACAGCAGUUAUUCCAGUAUACACCGCUGGUGCUGUGAACAACCACCGCCCUAAUGCGCACCAUGGUGCGGCUAGCCUCAACCAGCAAAGCUUAGGACCACUCAACCUAUGUGCAUCUGUCUUGGCAAUUCUUGUUUUGCACGUAUAUUUAGUGUGUGGAAACUAGAUUCAGCCAGCUGCAGCGAACAAGAAAGUGAUGGUCUAGGAUGUAUAGAAUACUGUUGUUCUUCCUUUGUAAUGUCUUUUGUUCAGUUUUUCCCUGUGGAUGCUACCAAAAUACUACAUCUUGUAUUAGUCUUUUGUGUAUAUUCCCCUCAUGUUAUAUAGUCAUGUAAGAGUAGAUCAUCCUACUUGUUCAUGUAACCGAUGCAAGGUUGGAAAAGCAGCCUAGAUAUGUUAGCUUGCAGAAAAGCCAAAUUUGCUUUCGA